UUGUUCGUGCAGCGGCAUUCAAUUGUCUCGAAACAGAAGCUGCAUGAAGACGUCACUCUCUCGGCGGUGUAUCUCCAUAGGAACGCGAGCUUGAUUCAGCAAAAUUAUCCGAGUUGCGAUUCUUAGGGUUAGGGAUUUUGCAGGAAUUGUAUCGAAAGUCCCGUCGCGUCGAACAUCCUUCUUGAUUUUACCAAGCCAGCGCGCCUCUAACGCCGCUUUCGCGAGGAAACACGUCCGGCUGGCACUCCCGAGGUGAGGAGGAAAACGACUGUUUCCGGAACCUCCGACGCAGCGCCGAGUUACAGCGAAGAGGAGGAUCCGUUCAGCUGAGGGACCAGCGACAUGCGUGAAAUAGCGCAUCUCCAGGCCGGCCAAUGCGGCAAUCAGAUCGGAGCGAAGUUUUGGGAAGUGAUCUCGGACGAGCACGGUAUCGAUCCCACGGGCACGUAUCACGGCGACUCGGACCUUCAGCUGGAGCGAAUAAACGUCUAUUACAAUGAGGCGACCGGUGGUAAAUACGUGCCGCGUGCGAUCUUGGUCGACCUCGAGCCUGGGACGAUGGACGCGGUGCGAUCGGGACCGUUCGGCCAGAUAUUCCGGCCGGACAACUUCGUGUUCGGACAGAGCGGCGCCGGCAACAACUGGGCCAAGGGCCACUACACCGAGGGCGCCGAGCUGGUCGACUCCGUCUUGGACGUGGUGCGCAAGGAGGCCGAGAGCUGCGACUGCCUGCAAGGAUUCCAGCUCACACACUCGCUGGGCGGCGGCACCGGCGCCGGCAUGGGCACCUUGCUUAUCUCCAAGAUUCGCGAGGAGUAUCCCGACAGGAUAAUGAUGACCUUCAGUGUGGUGCCGUCCCCGAAGGUAUCGGACACCGUGGUCGAGCCCUACAACUGCACUCUGUCGGUGCAUCAGCUGGUGGAGAACACUGACGAGUCAUAUUGCAUAGACAACGAGGCGCUCUACGAUAUAUGCUUCAGAACCCUCAAGCUGACCACACCGACCUAUGGGGACCUGAAUCACCUGGUCAGCGCGACCUUGAGUGGCGUUACCACUUGCCUGAGAUUCCCCGGGCAGCUUAACGCUGAUCUGCGAAAGCUUGCUGUCAACAUGGUGCCCUUCCCUCGACUGCACUUCUUCAUCCCCGGCUUCGCUCCCCUUACCUCCAGGGGCUCGCAACAGUAUCGGGCUCUGACGGUGCCGGAGCUUACCCAGCAAAUGUUCGACGCGAAGAACAUGAUGGCGGCGUGCGACCCGCGACACGGCCGAUAUCUGACGGUGGCCGCGGUAUUCCGCGGUAGGAUGUCAAUGAAGGAGGUGGACGAACAGAUGCUGAAUAUCCAGAACAAAAACAGCAGCUACUUCGUCGAUUGGAUACCGUGCAACGUGAAGACCGCCGUUUGCGACAUACCCCCGCGGGGCUUGAAAAUGUCCGCCACUUUCAUCGGCAAUUCCACGGCUAUUCAGGAAUUGUUCAAGCGAGUAUCGGAGCAAUUCACGGCGAUGUUCCGGCGCAAAGCCUUCCUUCACUGGUACACCGGCGAGGGUAUGGACGAUAUGGAGUUCACCGAAGCCGAGAGCAACAUGAACGACCUCGUGUCCGAGUAUCAGCAGUAUCAGGAAGCCACUGCCGAGGAGGAGGGCGAGUUCGACGAGGAGGAGGAGGGCGAGGGCGAGGACAAGUGAUCGUCCCAUCUUCCGGGGGAUGUUUAUCGAGUGCUUGUACACCUGCUUCCUUUCCACUUCGCACCCUCCUCUUUAUAUAGUUAUAUCGUCGUAUCCUGUUAGUGUAAAAUAAUAUGUGGUCGAGCUAACGU